CAUGCCCUUAAGUGCUUUACUGAAUGGAGGUCUAAGUGCCACCCUUGCCUCAUUGUGGAAUAUUCAGUUUUUAGUACAGGAUGAAUCUUAAGAGUUUGUAGGAAAAAACAGCAACCAUAUGUUCAUCUUAAGAUACCGCUAGGAGUCUGCCAACGCCCUUGCCACACAGUUUGAUUACUGCCUUAUUAAAAAAAGAAGUUGCAUCUAAAGCCAGAGUCAAGCGGAGCGGAGAUUCACGGCCGAGAGGGCAUGAGACUAUCCAGAUGCACAGCUCACCCAGAUGCAGCCGCUAGUCGCUGUCCAUCCUAGCCAUGCUGAAAUGUGACAUACUUUGGACUGCGUUUGAGCAAACCUGCACUUGGACACAAGGAAUCAAUAGUACUUUGCGCCUUCCCUUUCUCAAGCUGCUUUAACUGCAUGUUUACUUCUCAGCACUUAGGAUGAUCUUUCUUCAUCCUGACGUAAUGAAAAAGAUUGUACUAAUAGAGAGGGAAAAUAAAUCUUUUACGAUUCUGAACGCUUUGUACUCGGCUAAAUAUCAUUAUUGGGAAGACGUUUAAUUACAUAGCCACUACUUCCCAUUUAUUUUUGUAAUUAAAAUUUGACUUUGAAAUAUUUUUUCCAAGGGAUAACAUCAGAUAUUUCGACUGUGCCUCUAACUCAUUGUCCCCUCGACCCUUUUCCCUGCAAAGAGCUCUUCUCGUUUAAAUAGAGCAAGAAAUGGAACAGGUUUCCGAUGUUAUAUUCUUUAUCUCAAUCUGCGAGCUAUGUUAUUUUGCACGCAGCACACACGGUGAUUCAUACUGUCACGCCUGUUCCCAGUGCCGUGAUUUUUAAAAUCCCCGGGAGUAAGGAGGUAAACUAAAGUUGGCACAUUAGAAAACUGCACAUCCCUUUGCUGCAAUGGGAGCUGUAGCUGUUUUAGACGAGGUUAGUGCGAGCUGUUUAUCUCUUGGACGGAAUCUAUUUACAAGUCAGCUGCUGGGGCAGUGCAAGCAUUUCCCCAGGGCGGUUAGAGCCAGCCUGAGAGCUGUGUCGGGCAUUAAUUCGUGCCUUCUGCGGGCUAGAGCAGCCACCUCCUGGAAGGAGCCUAAAGCUCCCUGACAAGAAAAGGCACAAUAAUGUUCGCUAGUGCCAUGCACUUGACAGAGAGCUUAUCUCCGGCAGCGCUCAGGGAGGAGGCUGUGUGGGCAGGGUGGAGGGGUUCAGCUCCUAGAAGAGGGUUGGCUGCAUUUUUUUUCCUCCUCUUAUUUGAAUGUGCGUCCGCCCCUCCGGCUUAUUUUAGCAACCCCCCACCCCCUCCCCGCUUGGGAAUAGCCCGCUCGCUCGGGGGCCAGCUACAUUUGACGUCAGGCUGGCGUUCGUAGUUUUGACGUGUAAACACUCGGUUCCAGCCCGGCGCGGGAGAGGGUUUGGGCUCCGUUCAGCCCCGAGCCAGAGCCGUGGCGCGCUUGGCUGGGAGACACUGCGCCCUGCAGCCUGCCGGGUGUCCACAUAGCAACCGGGAGCGAAAGGGCUCCGGCUCCGCAGCCAUCGAUCCGCUGCCUGCUCUCCCCCCGCCCCGCGUGUGUUUGUUGUUUGCUUUCCCGCGUCCCUCGCCUGGCCAUGGACGGGAGACGCCGCGCUGGGCGCCGGGUGGCUCUGGCUCUCUUCUGCGCCUGGUGCGCGGCCGCCAGCCUGGCCGGCGCGGAGAAGCAGUUCGUCAAUGAAUGGGCGGCGGAGAUCCCGGGCGGUCCGGCGGCGGCCCAGGCCAUAGCGGAGGAGCUGGACUACGAGCUGCUGGGCCAGAUUGGAUCACUCGAAAAUCACUAUCUCUUCAGACAUAGAAGCCAUCCAAGAAGAUCUCGAAGAAGUGCUAUUCAUAUCACCAAGCGACUCUCUGAUGAUCAUCGUGUGUCAUGGGCAGAGCAACAGUAUGAAAAAAAGCGAACUAAGCGUUCAGCCUUGAGAGACUCUGCAGAAAACCUUUUCAACGAUCCUAUGUGGAAUCAGCAAUGGUACCUGCAAGAUACAAGGGUGACUCCAUCUCUGCCAAAACUGGAUCUCCAUGUUAUUCCUGUAUGGCAAAAAGGGAUUACAGGCAAAGGUGUUGUUAUAACAGUGCUCGAUGAUGGCUUGGAGUGGAAUCACACUGACAUAUAUACUAACUAUGAUCCAGAGGCAAGUUAUGAUUUCAAUGACAAUGAUCACGAUCCCUUUCCCAGAUAUGAUCCAACAAAUGAAAACAAACAUGGAACACGAUGUGCAGGGGAAAUUGCCAUGCAGGCCAAUAACAAGAAAUGUGGUGUUGGCGUGGCAUACAAUUCCAGAGUUGGAGGUAUAAGAAUGCUGGAUGGAAUAGUCACUGAUGCCAUUGAAGCCAGUUCAAUUGGUUUCAAUCCAGAUCAUGUGGAUAUUUACAGUGCAAGCUGGGGCCCUAAUGAUGAUGGUAAAACUGUAGAGGGACCUGGCAGGCUAGCACAGAAGGCUUUUGAAUAUGGGAUCAAACAGGGCCGAAAUGGAAAAGGUUCCAUUUUUGUAUGGGCUUCUGGGAAUGGUGGUCGUCAGGGUGAUAAUUGUGACUGUGAUGGUUACACAGAUAGUAUCUACACUAUAUCCAUCAGCAGUGCUUCUCAACAAGGUCUUUCUCCCUGGUAUGCAGAGAAGUGUUCCUCAACACUGGCCACAGCAUACAGCAGUGGGGAUUAUACUGACCAGAGAAUUACAAGUGCUGAUCUUCACAACGAAUGUACUGAGACUCACACUGGGACCUCUGCAUCUGCUCCAUUGGCAGCAGGGAUUUUUGCUCUAGCUCUUGAAGCAAACCCUAAUCUAACCUGGAGGGAUAUGCAGCAUUUGGUAGUCUGGACUUCAGAAUAUGACCCAUUGGCCAACAAUCCUGGAUGGAAGAAGAAUGGAGCAGGGUUGAUGGUGAAUAGCAGAUUUGGAUUUGGAUUACUUAAUGCCAAGGCACUGGUGGAUUUAACUGAUCCUAAAACCUGGAAAGGAGUACCUGAAAAGAAAGAGUGUAUAGUCAAGGACAACAGCUUUGAACCUAGGUUAUUAAGAGCAAACGGAGAAGUAACUAUUGAAAUUCCAACAAAGGCUUGUGAAGGGCAAGAAAAUUCUAUUACAUCUCUGGAGCAUGUGCAGUUUGAAGCAACAAUUGAAUAUUCCUGCAGAGGUGAUCUUCACGUCACCCUCACUUCCCCAUCAGGCACCAACACUGUCUUACUGGCUGAAAGAGAGAGAGAUAAGUCUCCCAAUGGCUUUAAAAACUGGGACUUCAUGUCUGUUCACACAUGGGGAGAGAAUCCAAAAGGCACUUGGACUUUGAGAAUUACUGAUGUGUCUAGGAGAAUGCAGAAUGAAGGAAGAAUUGUGAACUGGAAAUUGAUUUUGCAUGGCACUUCUACUCAACCUGAGCACAUGAAGCAGCCUCGUGUAUACACAUCCUACAAUGCUGUGCAAAAUGACAGAAGAGGAGUGGAGAAGAUGGCAGACUUUGUAGAGGAUCAUACCACGCAAGAGAACCUGAGUGCAAAACCCAAGGUCAAUGAAGGUACCAGCAGUAGCACUGAUAAAAUGGGAGACAAAAUCCCGUCAGAGGCAAUGCUUCGUCUAUUGCAAAGUGCUUUUAGCCGGCACAUGGCCCAGAAUCAAGCACCAAAGAAGACUCCAAAUGAAAAGUUAAAUAUUCCAUAUGAACAUUUCUAUCAAGCCCUUGAAAAAUUAAACAAACCCUCCCAGUUAAAAGACUCUGAGGACACUCUGUACAGUGACUAUGUUGACCUUUUUUACAAUGUCAAACCAUACAAACAUAGAGAUGAUAGACUGCUGCAAGCCUUGGUUGAUAUUCUGAAUGAAGACAACUAAAAUAUAGGGUAUGGCACUGAGUUGGAAAUAUUCAUGCUCCCCAGCCCCACUGCCCUUUUCUGAAGUAUAUUCUACACUUUACUCAUGUGAUUACUACUUGAUUGCUUCAUACCUAACCAGGAUGUCAAGCGGUGGGAAACAAAUAGAAAGUGUAAUUUGUUAGUGGCAAGGCACUAAGUUGAAGGGUAUCAGUGACCGCUCUAUUCCAGGGCUUCUUAAACUUCAUUGCACCACACCCCGCUUUUGACAACAAAAAUUACUACACGACCCCAGGAAGGGGGACCAAAGCCUGAGCCCAUCCAAGCCCCGCUGCCCCAGGCGGGUGAGGGGCGGGGAAACCCAAAGCCCGAUCCCCACUGCCCCAGUCGGGGGCAGGGGCAAAGCCCAAGGAUUUCAUCCCCAGGCAGGAAGCCUAUAACCUAAGCCCCACCACCUAGGGCUGAAGCCCUCAGGCUUCAACUUCAGCCCCAAGUCCCAGCAAAUCUAACACCAGCCGUGCUGACCCCAUGAAAAUGGGGUCCCGACCCACAGUUUGAGAACCUCUGCUCUAUUCAAAUCUUGUCUUCAUUAUCACCAAAAGGGGUAGUAUCUUUCCUCUGGCAUGAAAUGCAACUAUAUUCCUCUGAAAAUACUACAGCUCCACUUCAAACUCUGUUUCCUUUCGCUAUUGUUUUCCACUUGAUUCCUUUAGCAGGCAGUGUUUUUGAACAGAACUGCCAGUGCUUUGUGAACUGCCAAGGAAUGGGGAAAUACCAUUUUCCCUGUAGUGAGCAUAUCAGUCCUUCUCGCACCUGGUAUUCUCACAAGACUUAAUGCUGGCUGCAAAUUCUGUCUCGUGCAGAUUCUAGAGCAGAGAGGAAGCUUGCAAUGGGUUUGAGCUUUGCAGACAGUUAUAAAUCAAGAGAAUUCAGGAGAGUAACUAUUCUUUAUGAUCCAUGGCUGGAAGAAAGUAUUGGACCUGAUUCUGAUCACACACCAGGGAGUUACUCCUGAUUUACACUAAUCCAGAGUCACACUGGUGUAAAGGUGCUCGGAAUCAGUAACUACAGUGUUGAAAAUAUUGCACAAAAGUCUGUGACUGGCUUGUCUUCUCCCUAAUCUAACUGUGGCCUAAGGAGAGGACUUCUAUCAUCAGAGAACACGGCAAGACUGGAUGUGGGCAUGCCAAUGGCUGAUUGCAGCAUUUCUUAAAUCUUUUGGAGGGAUGAGAGGUAAAUGGAGAGAGAGAAAAAACCAAGAUAGGAAGAAAUUGUAUAGGCCUGAAAAAAGAGGGAAAGAAUAGAUAAGAGGGGGAAAAAAGGAUGAAAUGGAAUAUGAGUAAAGAGGAGGCAGCAGUCAAAGACAAGAGAAAAAUGAAAGGUCAGAGUCAGAAAAGAAAAGAGGAGGGAGAGGGAGAUAGAGAGAAGUCCCUCAGAAUGGUCCCUGCAACUCUUGUCAAGUAAAGUGCUGCAUCCAGAAGAUCUAAUUCAAACUGGGAGGACUGGCUGAGUGGAGAAGUCAGAUCACCUUAUCUAACGUAGGAAGACAAAUUCUGGGACAAAAUGGCUGAGGGAUAGUGGAUGUCAGAGUAGAAAUGUUUCAUAUAUUUAUUUGAAUUGAAAUCAAGAUGGGUCUGGGGUGCUGGAACUUGGAGUGCUAGGGGUGUGGCAGCACCCCUAGCUUGAAGUGGCUUCCAUCAUAAACAGAGUUUACAGUUUUGUUCAAUGGCUUGCAGCACUCCCACUAUACAAAUUGGUUCAUUGCCCUGGAUGGGUAUAGGUUUUGUUGCUCAUAGAGUCAAAAAAUAGCGCACAGCUGAAUACCCAGUUAAAAAAUUGAGGGAACCCUGGGCAGGGUAAUACAAAGACUGUAAGUGAAAUGGAAAAUGCAGUGUUUCUCUACAAUGCCAAAGAUACCUGAUAUUGAUAUUGACUAGAAUUUACAUAUCUAUCUAUCUAUCUAUCUAUCUAUCUAUCUUUUUCCAAACAGCUUUUAGAAAUACUUGUCAGUGUUUCAGUAUCUCCAUUUCAUAAAUGAUGCUGGUAUCUCUCAAACUAGGAGCUUAACAUUUUGCUAAUACUUCAUCAGAUUGGACACAGACUUUCAAAGCUGUUGUGAAAUUAUGUUGUUUUAAACAAAACCUGGUUACUCUCAUAGUAACGACUGUUAAAUUAACCAGUAAAAAAUAGCAAGAUUUCUUUUAUAACAACUUUGAAAAUCUCUGAUUUCUCACUCAUUCCAACAGUAGCAUACAUUUGUAGGGCCUAAUUCUGCAUGAAGCCAGCUUUACACUAAUGCAACUCAACUGAUGUAAGGAAUUUCUCCUGAUUUUACACCAGUAUGAGUGAGAGGAGAAUCAUAUUCUACCCACUUUUCAAAGUUGUGACUUCCUGUUUGAUCUGUCUCUUGUUACUAAAUCUCCUCUUCUCUCUGUGCUAAUUUGCAACAUUUUCUUUAGCAUGGAAAACUGUCAAAAUGUUGAAAUGGUACAAACCAAAAAGCAGUCUCAUGAUGUUCCUUAGUUCUACUAGCAUUUAGAGAGACAGGCAGUUCAGAGACAACUUACCUUGACUAAUUUGAAAGGUAGCACUGGGCAGGGGGAAGUGCAAGAUACUUUCCACCCACGUUUUAGUUUUUAGAACAGGGAGCUACCCUGUCAAGAAUACAACACUGCUAGGAUGUGUGUACAGCUGGAUGAAUAACUGAUUUUCUGGUGCAUUGGCAAUUCCAAAAAUGUUUUAAUUUUAUUUUCCAGUUGGCCUCAAACCAAAAUCUUUCAGAAUUCUCAUUAAAUCCAAAAGUAGAAAAAAUUGUUUUGGGUCAGAUAUUUUGUCUGACUGAAAAGGAAAUGUUUCAUUUCAAUUUCAAGAAUUUUUUGUUGUUUUUUAAAAUAAAAGUGA